ACUUCCUGGUGGAGCUGGAGGUGCUGGCUCUUAGGGGGGAGGCGCUGCGGGGGAGGGGGGGGAGUUACUUCAGGGCCUCCAGCCUCGGGGAGGCCCUGCUGCUCCUGGAGGAGGUGCAGCGCUCUCCUCUGGUGUACCAGCCCCCGACACGUCCCCCCGAUGCCCACGGACGCAUGCGCUGCUACCCGGUCCUGCCCGCCCGGCUGGCCUGGCUGUUCGCCACGCGCUCCGUCUUCCUCUACCCUGAGCUGCUGCCCACGGCCAGCCUGGCCCCGGCCCUCUACCGCCCCCGCAAGGCCGGGGUCUUCACUGCUGCUGAGGACUGUCUUGUGGUGCUGGGUCUGAGGACCAUGGAGGGGACUGCGCAGCCGGUUCAGCUGGUGUCUCACUUCCUGGUGCGUAGGAGCAGCGCUCAGAUACGACAGAGAAUCCUCCAGUGCUGUCGGGCCGGGGUCCCCAACAACACCAUCAAGAUGUACCGGUCCCAGCGGGCCGUGGGUUCGAUGCCGGCCGCCUGCAGCCGCAGGGUGGAGCCAGCCGGACAGCGCCCCCCGGUGGAGAGGGACCAGAGACUGCUGCCUGCCUGGCUCUCAAGGAGUCUGCCAAUCAUCUACUCCUCGCUCCAGACCGUAGCGCCUAGCUCCUCCCCCCUCCAGACCGUAGCACCUAGCUCCUCCCCCCUCCAGACCAUAGCACCUAGCUCCUCCCCCGUCCAGACCGUAGCACCUAGCUCCUCCCCCCUCCAGACCGUAGCACCUAGCUCCUCCCCCGUCCAGACCGUAGCGCCUAGCUCCUCCCCCCUCCAGACCGUCGCACCUAGCUCCUCCCCCCUCCAGACCGUAGCACCUAGCUCCUCCCCCCUCCAGACCGUAGCACCUAGCUCCUCCCCCCUCCAGACCGUAGCACCUAGCUCCUCCCCCCUCCAGACCGUAGCACCUAGCUCCUCCCCCGUCCAGACCGUAGCACCUAGCUCCUCCCCCCUCCAGACCGUAGCACCUAGCUCCUCCCCCGUCCAGACCGUAGCACCUAGCUCCUCCCCCCUCCAGACCGUAGCACCUAGCUCCUCCCCCCUCCAGACCGUCGCACCUAGCUCCUCCCCCCUCCAGACCGUAGCACCUAGCUCCUCCCCCCUCCAGACCGUAGCACCUAGCUCCUCCCCCCUCCAGACCGUAGCACCUAGCUCCUCCCCCCUCCAGACCAUAAUACCCACUGGUGUCCGGCGGUCGCGGCGUUGCCAUAGAGUCCUGCUCAGCAGGAGGUUCAGCGUCCCGGCAGGACAGACGUACCCCCCCCUCCUGCCCCUCAACCUGGCCUUCCAACGCAUGGGCUUCGUCCUGGUGCAGGCCACCGGGCCCGCCCCCACCCCUGGCCCCGCCCCCACCCCUGGCCCCGCCCCCACCCCUGGCCCCGCCCCCACUCCUGGCCCUGCGGCUCUUAGUCCUGCUACUCUUAGCCCUGCUGGCAGCCCUACUGGUAGCCCUACUGGUAGCCCUACUGGUAGCCCUACUGGUAGCCCUGCUGCUCUUAGCCCUACUGGUAGCCCCGCUGCUCUUAGCCCUACUGGUAGCCCUGCUGCUCUUAGCCCUACUGGUAGCCCUACUGGUAGCCCUACUGGUAGCCCUGCUGGUGGUAGCCCUGCUGCUCUUAGCCCUACUGGUAGCCCUGCUGGUAGCCCUGCUGCUCUUAGCCCUACUGGUAGCCCUACUGGUAGCCCUACUGGUAGCCCUGCUGAGAGGAGGAGGAGCCUGAGGUGGAGGACUGGGUCCAGGGUUAAGAACCAUCUCCCAGAACCAGGGGAGGGGGAGACAGACACUGGGCAGGAGGGGGGCGGGGGAGGAGGAGGAGGAGGAGAGGGAGGAGGAGGAGGAGGAGGAGGAGGAGGAGGAGGGGGAGGAGGAGGAGGAGGAGGAGAUGAAGGAGGAGGAGGAGAUGAAGGAGGAGGAGGAGGAGGAGGAGGAGGAGGAGGACAAUGCAGGAGUCCCUCCUCCUCUGUCUGGGCCGACAACGUCCGCCUCGGCCCGUCUGGAGACAAACUGGUUCUGUGGACACGGGAGUUGGACCGUUCCAUCCUGAUGAGCUGUCAGAGGAUGGGAGCCAAUCAGAACACGUUCUGCCUCCUCGCCGCCCGCCUGGGGAACAAAACGUCCAAUCAGGUCUGUGAUCGUUUCCACCAGUUGAUGAAACUCUUCCAGUCCGCAAAACAGAAAUCCUGCUCCCCGGCCCAUCGGCCAAUCAGAUGCCAGGAAGCACCCCAUCUGCCAAUCAGAGACCAGGAAGCAGCCCCUGACUGAAAACUGGCCAAUCACGCUCAAGCUUUUUGUUCGAACUACAACUCAUCGACGGACGUCCGAUUCCUGGAUGUACCACUAUAGCCUACUGGUUAUACUGGGAGCUGCCCUUACCACUAUAGUCUACUGGUACAACUGGGAGCCAACCAGCACCGCUAUAGUCUACUGGUUAUACUGGGAGCUGCCCAGUCCUACUAUAGUCUACUGGUUAUACUGGUAGCUGCACUGCUAUAGUCUACUGAUUAUACUGGGAGCUGCACUACUAUACUACUCAAAGCCACCCUCCAUUUAUACUCCUCCAGCAGGACGUGUGUCACUUCCUGCCCUGUGUCACUUCCUGUUGGGCCAUCAACCAAUGACUGACCAGAAUUAGUUGAGUUGUUUCUUUGGAAUGGUUUUGGAAUAAACAUGAGAUUGAAUGUG